AUGCCUGCGGGGGAGGGCGGUGAAACAGCCACCCCGAUGGCAGUAGAUUCAUCCGCACCAAACGCUGCGGCGGCCACCUCGCCAAGAGCUAGUUCUUCUGCCAAGAGCAAUGGAGCUGUUCCGUCCGCGGGCGGCGGCGACGGCGGCGGCAGGGCACGUCGCUCGAGCUCUGUCGUGGUCUACCCCGAAAAACACGAUGCCGGCAAGCCCAAAGUCUUCGCCCGUCAGUCCUUCGUCGCUUCCGGAGAGGAGGAAGAGAUGGCCGACACCAUCCUCCAGGCCCGCCAGCUGGCCGGCCAGAGACGCCGGUCUACCUUCAACGCCAACAAGAAGACCGCCCGGGAGGGAGAGAUCGCCCAGGUGGCGCAAAACCUGGCCGCGCGCCGGGACUCGUCUGCCGCGGCGACGGUCAAUGCCGCUGCUGGUGCUACCGCCAACACUGCGACCGCAGCGGCCGGUGUUGCGGUCGACCCCGCGGACGCAGAUGCUGUGGCGCGACGGAGGUCUUCCGUCAUGAAGCUCCCGGACAACCUGCGCGCUCUUGUGCAGCAGUCCGACGCAAGCGGGGUGCAGAAGAAGACCGAGUCGCCGUACAACCCUCAGGGCGCCAGCGACGACAAGGCUCAGACGACGACGACCGACAACACCGCCACGACUUCGUCCCUCAACAACACGGGAAGCUCGACCGCAAGCACCGGCAGCACCAGGGGCCGAGGUUGGCUGUCCAACGUCAUGACCUUCAUCCGCUGGAAAAAGGUGCCGAAUAGCGACAGGAAGAGGGCAUCUCGAGGAGGUGGGGGCGAGGAGGGGGGCACGCCGGGUUUGUCCCCUACCCCGGGGAAAGGGGGGCUUGGCAAGAAAAGGCGCUCCCUGCUGCCCAAGCAGCUGCCGGAGUUCGCCGGCCGCAAACAGCUCAUCCUCGACCUGGACGAAACGCUAGUCCACUCUUCGUUUAAGCCCGUGCCGGGGGCGGACUUUAUCAUGGACAUCAUGGUGGACGGCACCUUCUACAAGGUGUUUGUCCUCAAGAGGCCCGGGGUGGAUGCGUUCCUCGAGCGCGUGGCGAAGCUAUACGAGGUCAUCAUCUUCACGGCGAGCCUGCCGCAGUACGCAAAUCCUCUCCUAGACGUGCUGGAUCCGAAGGGUACGAUCACAUCGAGGCUCUUCCGAGAGCACUGCACCUUCCACGAAGGCUACUUCGUCAAGGACCUAACCCUGCUCCGUCACCAGUCGCUGGAGUCAACAAUCAUCGUCGACAACUCUCCGAUGGCCUACAUGUUCCAGCCGGAGAACGCCAUUGACUGUAUCAGCUGGAUCGACGACAGGGAGGACACGGAACUGGACGUGAUUGCCUCUUUCCUGGAGACCAUCGUCGAUGUCCCGGAUGUCCGCGACCUCUUAGAGUUCUGGCGAGAGGGAGCCGCCGUUCUGGACAACAUUUCCUCCUGA